AUAUAUAAUCUUUACUUCUUCCAUUUUCCUUCCUAUAAUUACCUUAGCUUCUUUUCAGUUAAUUCAUUCCCAUCAACUCAUUAUUCAUCUUCCCAAAGCUUUCUUUGCCAGUCCUGUCUUUCUCAAACUCUUCCCCACUUUCCAUUAUAAUGUCAUAGCUUUCUUUUCUCCAUAACAUAUCUUAACUAUAUAAUAUGCAAACUUUUCACUCAAAAAAUCAGUAUACAAUACAUCUUAUUACUGUUAAUUCCUGUUAUUGACACUACCAAACUAAGCUUAGUCUUCAUCAAAGAAUAUUGCACAAACACCUCCAUUUUCUCAACCCUUCUACUUCACUAAUACCCUUUGCUCAAAAAAAUUGAAAAUGACCUAACAAAAUAUUACACUUCCCUAUACCAACUAUUUGAAAAGAAAGAAGCUCAUACUAUUGUUCAUUCUAAGUACUCUUUCCUUUUGAAAUUUCCCUUUCAUUAGCUAGACAAUCACACAAACACUUAAUUAAUAGUCUAGAUCACUAACAGCCAAAUGUCGAACACCUCUACUUUCGACUAUUCUUUUAGUCUAUCUAGUUACCUGAUCGACGAUAUAAAUGAUCAAAAUUACAUAUCAUCAGAAGAACAUACCACAAAUUACCUUACAUCUUAUUAUCAUUUACCUUCUCCAUUAUUUUAUCAUGAAAUGGAUAUUUUUGAAAACACUUUUGGGAACAAUGAGUUUUCAAAUAUCUGUCAAGAACACUUAAUUGUUAAUGAUCAUAUUGAUGAUGAAAAGAACAAGAACAAGAACAAGAACGAGUCUAUUAUUGUUAUGGAUGCAGAAGAACAUACUACUACUACGACUACUACUAAGAAUUAUUCAUCUAGCCAUGGAAUAAGCUUGAAGAAGAAGAGAUCUUCAAAUAAAGAUAGGCAUAGUAAGAUUAAGACUGCUCAUGGGUUACGAGAUAGAAGAAUGAGACUUUCUCUUCCGGUUGCUCGCCCUUUCUUCGAAUUACAAGAUACAUUAGGGUUUGAUAAAGCUAGUAGAACUGUUGAAUGGUUGUUAAUGAAGUCUAAAUCCGCCAUUGAUGAGCUGUUUCAAUGCAAAAAUGGAAGCCCAAGUAGUGUUACUAAGUGCCCUAGAUCUUUUACUUCGGAUGAUUGUGAGGUAGAAUCGGUUAUUAUUCAAGAAAAUGUCGAAAAUUCGAAGGCGAAGAAGAGAUCAUCCACAUGUGUUAAGAAAUAUGAGGCUAAGAAGAGAACUACAAAAGAAGAAAGGAAACAAGCAAGAGAUAGGGCAAGAGAAAGGACUUUAGAGAAGAAACAAAGUAGAAAGGUUGAGGAAGGUGGAACAAGUUUUGGUUUAGGUAGGGAAGAAGAUCAUGUUAAUGAAGCUCAUAUAUGUGGGAAUUGGAACCCAUUGAUGUCAUCUUUGAGCUAUCAACAAAGUAUGGAUGCUUCCCAAAUUGUUCCAAGCUACCAAAUUCGGACGCAUCCCAACAUGGUGAGAGGUACACAUUAAAAAAAAAACUUUGGACAUGGUUGCACGACCGUAGAAUGCAAGGAAAUUGAUCUUGAAGGCGGAUGAUUAAUGCAUUUCUUAGAGUUUAGCUUAGGCGUACGUACGUUGAGUCAUAUGUAAUGUUUGACGACGUCUUGCGUAGUGGAUUUAGUGCAAGACCAGGUUGUUUGUUCUGUUAGGCGACCCGUCCUUGGUAAGGAAUGACCACACCAUUUGUCCAAUAAUUCUGCUCUUGUGAGUGUGGUGAGUAGUGACCACUCUAUGUGGAAGUACUCUUCUUUUCUAAGGGCUUUGAUUCAUACUCAUCAAAAUUCUUCAUAUUUUACAAUUGAAAUAUGAAGCUAAUUAAACUACUAGUCUUAUUGGUCAU